UAUGAGUUGACAAUAAAGCCAGCAAAAGCAGAAUUUUUGGGCUCGUUGGGUUCGGGAGCGUCAUUUUCAUGCGAAGUUUGUGAUCUUUCUGGGGAUGGCGAGCUUGAAGGCAACAUCAUCAUUCAAUGGUUCAACAACCACAACAAGGAAAUCACCAGUGAUAAAGAUGAGAGGGUGGUUGUUGCUAAAGAUGGGACUAAGGCCAAGAAAUUAGUGAUAAGGAGAAUAAUUGAAAGUGAUGCUGGCGAUUAUCGUUGUGCAUUCCGCGUCGGUCAUAUCACAAAUUCUAAAAGCAUCAAGUUAUCCGUUUUCAAGGACAUGUCCUUCGACCAUGCUCCCAAUCCUCAACAUCCUCGCAUUCACACGACAGCCAUCAUCGAAUGUCAAGUUAGUGGAGUGCCUGCUCCCGAAGUUUCCUGGAGAUUUAACGGGAAAAAAAUUAUUUACGGCGACAAGUACAAACAGUUAACUAAAGGUUUGCAAAUAAAAAAUAUUUCCUUGGCUGAUAAUGGAAAUUAUACGUGCAUAGCUGAAAUAUCAGACAGUGGAAGAUACGAUGAAAAGAGAAUUACCGUCGUCGUGCAUGUGCCGCCUGUAAUGAUUCAUGGACCAGGGCAUCAGAAAGGGAUAGCUGGACACGAACUGUCAUUGUAUUGUAAAGCUGAAAGCGAUCCCAUGCCAAGUUAUGAAUUUUACAAAGGUAAAAAUGAAAAAUUGUUAACCUCUUCACCGUCGGACAGAAUUCAAAUCGACAGCCAUCUCGGUAAGCUGACCUUCAAACCGUUAAAAAAAGAUGACCAUGGUAUUUAUAGGUGCAAAGCUUUAAACGACGUCGGUGAGGCAUCUGCUAACGGCUCCUUGCAUGUCUUAGUUGCGCCGCAUAUAUAUGAAUUGAAGAAUGUGACAGCACAAGAAGGUCAAGAUGCAAAAAUAACGUGCAAGAGUCACGGGGACCCAAUGCCUUUUAUGGAAUUUCAAAAAGUUGGACACUCGCCAUUUAAAAACGGGUCAAAUGAUGGAGGAAGAAUAACUGUGAGGCAUCGGCCUGCAAACAUUUUAGAAAUAGAAAUUAAGAAAGUUCAACCACACGAUAGCUCUAACUACACUUGUCUGACCAAAAAUUCAGCGGGAGAACACAAUGCUACUAGUCACUUGACAGUCCACUAUCAACCAAAGUUUCCGAGUGACCACAUAAGGCAAGUAUUUAGUUGGUCCGGUAGAUUGCAUAAUAUAACUUGUAAUGCCCAUGGUAAUCCUCAUCCGACUUUUGAAUGGUGGCAUCUUGAAAGACUACUUACAAACAAUGAAACUUUUAACAUUUUUACUUCGGCCAGAAACAGUAGUUUACAAAUUCGAGUAAGAGAAGCCGACCAAAGUUGGAUAUUUGGAGAAUAUAUUUGUAGGGCAAAAAAUAACAAAGGAAGUAAAGACAUGAAAAUUUUGCAUUCCAGGGCUUCUCUCCCAGACCCACCCUCCGAUGCAAGCGUGAAGGAAAACACACCAAACCUCCUUAUUAUUAACGUUAAGCCUCCUUUCUCUGUAGGAGGCGUCAAACUUCUCGGCUAUAGGAUAGAAUACAACAACAAAGUUACUGAUUUCACGACCAUGCGUAUUUCAAAUUUACUCUUAGGUGACGAUUUGAAAAUGGAAAAUUUAAAACCUGCAACUCAAUACCAAUUCAAAGUACGUUCGAGGAACGAAGUUGGUGUAGGCAAAUAUCGCGAGUUGGUUGCAACGACUUUAAACAUAACAAAACCAUAUCCAAUAAAACUCGUUUCGCCAAAACAAAGCAAGGACCCUUGGAGUUACAAAAUUGUUUGGGAAAAACCGAAGACAGGAGGAAAGCCUAUAAAAGAAUAUGAAAUACGUUACAGAAGAGUACGAAUGAAACAAGAUGGCAUCUCUGAACCCUUAGAAAACUGGGUGUCUAAAACCAAAGACGAAAACGCAUAUAAACCAUCUGUGGAGUAUAUUCUUUCCAAUUUAAAUCCUAAGACCAAUUAUCAACUGCAGAUAUUUGCUAAAACUGAUAUUGGUACAUCAACUCAAUCCGAAAAAUUUAUUUUUAAAACUGCUGCCGGUAAGUAUAUUACAAAUUUUGAAAUGAUUUUAAAACGAUUUCGUUGA